AUGCUAUUCGUGCCGUUUUCCAUGCCCGCCAACUACGGCAAUCACAUCGCGUGUCCAGCGCAACCGUCUGCCUCUGCCGGUGGCGGAUCGGCAGCCGCAGCAGCCGCCGCGGCCGCAGCUGCAGCGGCUGUGGCCACGCUUUCCAACGGUGGCAACCCGAACUCGGUCAGCCCGUCAGCCGCGGCAAUCGUGAACGGCAAUGCAGCAGCAGGACUUAAGGUACGUCAGUUUGAAUUUCAAGUAGGUCUAGUAGAUACCAAGUAA